AUAUUGCUUUGCCAGUAGUGAUGACUAUGCCAACGUUAUCAGCUGCAAACUGGCUGCCAGGAGCAUCUUAAUUAAAAAUAAACAGCUCUGGAGGUGGGCUUGGGAGAGUGAGGACAGGGAUCCUGUCUGGGUUACUUAGGACAUCUAAGAUUGCUCCUAGGGAAAGUCACUUUUAGGCCACCUCGUUUCUUCAAAGGAGCCUCUGUACAUAACAAGGUAGUGUGAAUGUACAACUUGCCCUGCUUCCUUAAACCUCUGGUUGCUAGAGUGACAAGCAAAUAGAACCACUAGGAGCAGGUGGCAUGGUACAGUUCAGUCCCAGAAGGAAAUCCUGGGUUGGGGGAGAGGGGCUGCUAAUGAUUUCUGCCUGGUCUCUAAAUUGAGGGGACAGCUAAAGCCCAAGGCCUCUUCUAAGAGGGGUUAGAAUUUCAUCAGAAAGCAAGUCUGGUCACAUGAGAAUUUCUGGCACUGUGUGCAUGGCAGGCUGGACACCAGCCUGCGAGAAUUGAGCGAGUGGAUCGUAUUGGCUUCAGCAGAGGGGAAAAGUCCCAGACUAGCCUGGGAGAAGGAGCCGACUCACUCUCCCGGCUGCCGACUUCCCUGACUUCUGGGCAGAAGCAGCACAGCUGCUGUGGUGGGCUAGGGCUUUAACAUCCGAAGCCCCCUUUCUUUUAACCCUGAAGAAAGUGUGUGGUCCCCGGGACUGAAGACCGAAAGAUGCCUAAGGAAUGCAGUGCUUUCCACGCCUUCUCAGCAGCUCUGUGCUGCUUUUAUCACCGCAAGUCUUUCAUUGGAGUCAAGUUCUCCAAGGAGAGGCACAUCAUGGACAGGACCCCCGAGAAGCUGAAGAAGGAGCUGGAGGAGGAGCUGCUGCUGAGCAGCGAGGACCUGCGCAGCCAUGCCUGGUACCACGGCCGCAUCCCCCGACAGGUGUCGGAAAACCUUGUGCAGCGAGAUGGCGACUUCCUAGUUCGUGACUCUCUGUCCAGCCCUGGGAACUUUGUCCUGACCUGUCAGUGGAAGAACCUCGCUCAGCACUUCAAAAUCAACCGGACGGUUCUGCGGCUCAGCGAGGCCUACAGCCGCGUGCAGUACCAGUUCGAGAUGGAGAGCUUCGACUCCAUCCCUGGCCUGGUGCGCUGCUACGUGGGCAACCGCCGGCCCAUCUCCCAGCAGAGUGGCGCCAUCAUCUUCCAGCCCAUCAACAGGACGGUGCCCCUGCGGUGCCUGGAGGAGCGUUAUGGCAUCUCCCCAGGCCAGGCCCGGGAGGGCAGCCUCACCGAGGGAAGGCCAGACGUGACCAAGAGGCUGAGCCUCACCAUGGGUGGUGUCCAGGCCCGAGAGCAGAAUUUGCCCAGGGGAAACCUCCUCAGAAACAAAGAAAAGAGUGGUAGCCAGCCAGCCUGCCUGGAUCACAUGCAGGACAGAAGAGCCUUGUCCCUCAAAGCCCACCAGUCAGAGAGCUACCUGCCGAUUGGCUGCAAGCUGCCACCUCAGUCCUCAGGUGUGGACACAAGCCCCUGCCCAAACUCACCCGUGUUCAGGACGGGAAGCGAGCCCGCCCUGAGCCCAGCAGUUGUUCGGAGGGUCUCCUCGGACGCCAGGGCUGGGGAGGCGCUGAGGGGAUCAGACAGUCAACUGUGCCCUAAGCCACCUCCUAAGCCCUGCAAGGUGCCGUUCCUCAAGGCUCCCUCAUCUCCCUCUGCCUGGCUCAACUCAGAGGCCAACUACUGUGAACUGAACCCAGCGUUUGCCACAGGCAGGGGAGCAAAGCUACCUUUAUGUGCCCAGGGAAGCCCCACAGAACUGCUCACAGCCAAGCAGAAUGGGGCACUAGGUCCCCGGAACUCUGGCAUCAACUACUUGAUCCUUGAUGAUGAUGACAGGGAAAGACCUUGGGAACCUGCGGCAGCUCAGACGGAGAAGGGGCAGUGGGACAAGGGCGAGUUUGUGGCGCCCCUCCUGGAGACUGUCUCCUCCUUCAGGCCCAAUGACUUUGAGUCCAAGUUCCUUCCCCCUGAGAAUAAGCCCCUGGAAACAGCAAUGUUGAAACGUGCAAAGGAACUGUUCACCAACAACGACCCCAAGGUCAUCGCUCAGCACAUACUGAGCAUGGACUGCAGGGUUGCUAGGAUACUUGAAGUCUCUGAAGAGAUGAGGAGGAACAUGGGGGUGAGCUCAGGCCUGGAACUCAUUACCUUGCCUCACGGACACCAGCUGCGCCUGGACAUCAUUGAAAGACACAGCACGAUGGCCAUCGGCAUUGCAGUGUACAUUCUGGGCUGCACGGGCACUUUGGAGGACCGAGCAGCCACUCUGAGUAAGGUCAUCCAGGUGGCAGUGGAACUGAAGGAUUCCAUGGGGGACCUCUAUUCCUUCUCAGCUCUCAUGAAAGCCCUGGAAAUGCCACAGAUCACAAGGUUAGAAAAGACGUGGACUGCUCUGCGGCACCAGUACACCCAAACUGCCAUUCUCUAUGAGAAACAGCUGAAGCCCUUCAGCAAAAUCCUGCAUGAAGGCAGAGAGUCCACAUGUGUUCCCCCAAAUAAUGUAUCAGUCCCACUGCUGAUGCCCCUUGUGACCUUAAUGGAGCGCCAGGCUGUCAUUUUUGAAGGAACCGACAUGUGGGAAAAAAAUGACCAGAGCUGUGAAAUCAUGCUGAACCAUUUGGCAACAGCACGAUUGAUGGCCGAGGCCACGGACAGCUACCGGAUAAAUGCUGAGAGGAUCCUGGCAGGUUUUCAACCAGAUGAAGAAAUGAAUGAAAUCUGCAAGACUGAAUUUCAAAUGCGAUUGCUAUGGGGCAGCAAAGGCGCACAAGUCAAUCAGGCAGAGAGAUACGAGAAAUUCAACCAGAUUUUAACGGCCCUCUCACGCAAAUUGGAACCUCCUCCUGUAAAGCAGGCAGAGCUUUGAUAACUCUCCAGAGAACCUUUAGAAUGUCUUUUCAAGUUUCCCCAGCUUCAUCUUUGGGAAAGCUUACUAUUUGAUAAAGUAAUAAUGUGCAAAUCUGACAAUAUACAAGCUUUUAGUAUCCACAGGAUAUUAAACGUGUAAAUUGCACAGAGCACACUUAUUUAUGAAUUGUCUAAAAUUACUACUGAUUUUUAAAUGAAUAAUUUAUUAUUAAGAUAACUACUGCUAAUGUUGAUCAGCAAAUUUAAGAGAAGACCUAGCUAUGUUGGCUGGUUGCUUUCUAUUAUCAUGGUAUUUGACCAUUUUAGUUUUAAUUCCAUGUCAGAUAAGUGUAAAUAGAAGAGUUUAAAAGCCUGAACCAUUUCAGAAGGUAUCAGUUAUAUGAUAUUCUUUAAACAAAUACGAAAAAUGUAAAUACUCAUGAAUGAAAAUAUAUCUUUUUGUGAAACA